AUGGCUUCUAAAGCAUCAUCUGGCAUCACUGUUGCUGCUUCCAGAGGCUCCAGUAACCUCACUACAAGUGCUGUGCUAACCACUGCCCCACCCAGCUUCAUUGAAGGACUUAUCAACAAAAUCCCAUUACCCAGAUGGGCUCUCAUUGCAAUUGCUGUAGCAGCAGGCUUAGUCCUGCUACUUUUCCUUAUCUGUAUCAUCAAGUGCUGCUGCUGCAAGAAGAAACGGAAGAAGAAGGAGAAACUCAACUUAACAAACAUCAAUGGUGCCUCCACAACAGCCAGCUUGGUCCAACCUGAUUUGGAAGACAUUGAAUGUGGACUGGAAGAUGAGAAACGAGGACGGCUGCAAUAUUCCCUAGAAUAUGACUUCCGUGGCCAGGAGUUAAAGGUUAGCGUGAAGCAGGCAGCAGAUCUAAAGGCCAUGGACAGUGGAGGUACCUCUGAUCCCUACGUGAUUGUCUUCCUGACAUCUGACAUAAGGAAGAAGUAUGAAACAAAGGUCCAUCGUAAGACACUCAGCCCUGUUUUCAACGAAAGCUUCAUUUUUCAGGUCUCCCGAGCAGAGGUGACUGAAGCUAUACUGGUCAUGCAAGUGUAUGAUUUCAACCGCUUUUCCAAGCAUGACAUAAUUGGCGAGGUGACUCUGCCUCUUGUGGAUGUGGACUUACAGCAUGUAAUGGAACAAUGGCUUGAUCUCUCUCCAGCUGGCAAGAUAGAGCAAGAGCACCUUGGAGAAAUCUGCUUCUCACUGCGAUAUGUCCCCACUACCAGCAAAUUAACGGUAGUUAUCUUGGAAGCCAAAAAGCUCAAGGUUAUGGAUGCAGAUGGAUUAUCAGACCCAUAUGUCAAAGUGCAACUUAUUCUGAACAAAAAGAAAUGGAAGAAAAAGAAGACAACUGUGAAGAACACAUUGAGCCCCUAUUUCAAUGAGGCCUUUGUUUUUGAAGUGCCUUUCAACUUGAUCCAGAAUGUGGACCUGGUGAUCUCAGUCUGGGAUCAUGACAAAGUGACCAAGGAUGACCAGAUCGGAAAGUUGUUUCUCAGCUGCCGAGCUACAGGGAACCAGUUGCGCCACUGGUCAGAUAUGCUGGCUAAUCCUCGCAGGCCUAUCGCACAGUGGCAUAGCCUGCAGCCUGUGGAAGUUAUGGACAAAACUCUGGGACUGAAGACACGCUUCAAACUGCCACUACCCACCAGCUAA